AGGUCUAGAGCAGCUGUGAGCAAAGUGUAAGCACUCGGGCUGACAAACUUUGCGGGAAUUUUUAACUUUUCUGGGUUACUGGGUGGAGAAUUAAUCUGGAAACAGAUAUUGCUUUCUGCUCUGAAAAGUGACUUCAGCUGCCCAGGUGAAUCGGUUUAUGAGAUUGUUGUCAUCCCCCACCCACUUCUAGGGAUUUGAGACCUGUUUGUUCGUGGCUGAAUUGCUCUGGGAUGGCUCUUACCUAAAAAUAUGAUUAAUAUUGUUUUUCCAAACCAGGCAUUAAAGCAUCUCCUCCAUGCAGAGACAGUGAAAUUGUGUUUGGUCAUGAGUCACCUUUACUCUGGCACCCCACGACUGUAGCAGAGUUCCUGGGGUGGGUGCAUGCAGAAAUGUUAUUAAAUAAGCAAAAUAAAAGGACUAAAUAUGUAAUCAGUUUUGGUAGAGAAGAUGUGAUCCAGGAGCAGGGAAAGUUCUGUGACUGCUGGAACUGAAGUGUUGAUGGGAGUCUGAAGCCAUCUGUGGGAAUUACAGACUUCAUUGUCCCGUGUACCUCAGGUUCCUAUGGCCUGAGGUGCUCCUGCCUGCUCCCACAGCCCAACUCUAGAGUUGCUUCUUCUGGCGCAAGCACAGGAACAAUCCUCCUUCCCAAGACUGCACUUUCGCACCUCCUGGGGACAAGACUUUUGGAGACAAGGGGUGGAAAUGAGGGUGGUGGGUUUUGUUUCUUUUGGUGGUGGUGGCCCCUGGCUGGGGGCCAUUUUCCUGCUGUGAAAUCAAUGUUCUCAGCGCUUCCUUGUCAUUUUGGAGCUGCAUCUGCUGGUGGUUGCCAGCUCGUGGACUUCCUCUAAGGGAAGUGGAAAGCCCUCACUGCAUCUGCUGGAGGGUCUUUUUGUCUAGGGAGGAGCUGCCUAGCAAGUUCUUGGGCUUGGACUGCUCCUCAAGCUGCAGCAGAACUGCAACUCAUGGUUCCUGGGCUGCCACAACACCUCCGGGCUGGUGAAGCCGUGCCCCAGGCACCUCCUCUCCUCUACUGAGGGGUUUUGGGUGGCACGUUUCUCUGUUGAGGAGUGUUUCACCCUGCCUCUUCCCUUGCAGCAUCACAUUUCCUUGUCCUUCUGGGGAGUUUUGAGGUGAAUCUCCCGCAACUGGUUAUUCCAGAGCUGGGCUGGGGUUGGCCACUGCAAGCUUGAGGCAGCCAGGCAGGGUCCCCACUGUGACCGCCUCUCUCCCGCAGGCUCCUGAAGGUGCAGGAUGACUCUCUUCAACAGCGUCUACCCCUUCUACCCACAGCAGAGCAAGGCCUUCGUGUUCAAUGUCGCCACCAUCAUCGUGAUUGUGGUCUUUCUCACAUUUGCCUGCACCUUCCUGCUCAUCAUCCCUGGCAUCCGUGGACGGGCAAGGCUGUACUGGACACUCCGGGUUCUUCUCAGCCUCUUCAUGGGAGUGGUGAUUGUCACCGUCCAGUUCACGGGGGACUGGGAGACCGGCUGGGUGACGGCAAACACCUCCUACAAGUCCUUCAGCCAUGCUCUGGUGAAUGCAGACAUUGGGCUGCACAUUGGCCUGGCGGGGGUGAACGUCACACUCAGGGGAAACCCAGUGAAUCAGGUCAAUGAGACCAUCGACUACAACGAGUACUUUUCCUGGAGCUUCGAUGCAAACUACGACCACAGCUACAGCGAGGGGCUGGAACGGGGGCUGCCCAGCCCCAUCCUCUACGUGGCAGAGAAGUUCACCACUCAAAGCCCCUGUGACGUGCACAGGCAGUACCGCAUCUCUGGCCACUAUGCAUCAGCCACUCUCUGGGUGGCCUUUUGCACUUGGCUUAUCUCCAACAUGCUCUUCUCCAUGCCUGUCCUAGUCUACGGAGGCUACAUGCUCCUGGUCACAGGCGCCUUCAUGAUCUUUUCGUUGCUCUCCUUCUUCUCUGUGAGGAACACGCUGGUGUGCCCGAUCCAGUUUGGGACCACAAUCCUGCACACGAACUAUGGGGGAUCUUUCUGGCUCACGCUAGCGAUUGGCUUGCUCUGUUUCACGGCUGGGAUCGCGGUUGUGGCAUUGCACUACUUCAACUUAGAGCUGCUGAAAACCUUCUUUGAUCUCCAUGACAAUAAAGUGGAGGAGCACCAGGAAAUGACCGAAGUGUAUGUCAACCCUCAUGUAAUGAACAAAGGACUGUCUGCUCCUCUACCCUCCAAACUCAACCUCAACAGUGUCUAGAAGGUGGUUUUUCCUGCUCCCUCCCUGAAGGCAGACCCAAAAAGGGGCGGGGGAGAACCAACCCUUCUUGAUAUCCACAGAGACCUCCCUAUCCAUGUUGGGAUGGGUACUUUGCACACUGUAUCUCCAUGACCCUCUGGAAACAGACAAGCUUUGCAGAGAGACAGUGGGUUGCAGGCAGAGCAGCUCACAGAACGUGAGCUGGAUCUUUGUCCCAGAGGGAAUGCCGUUCCUGCUCCUGUGGCCAGUUGCCACACCAGAAAUUGAGCUCCCAGGUGUGGUUUCUCACAGGGAGCACCUACACCUCCAAAAGCUGCUGAUUAAACCUGCCCAUUUCUUUCCCAAGCACUGAUGGUUGGUGUAGACCUUUGGGUCUACCUACAAAAGCCAGGAACCGACCCAGACUUUGUUGGGCUGGAUGCUGCAGAGGCUGGCAUGAAAAAGGUGCUCCACAAGUAAAGGCUGAGUAAACACAAGAUGGAGCUUGCUGGGGAGGAUGUGGUGAUGUGAUUUCAACCUUGGCUCGAUUAGAGAAGAUUUGUAAGCUAUCAUGGACCAAAAAGAUGCCACAAAAAAGGACGGAGAGGGAGGAAUUAAGUUAUCUCUAUCCAGCUGGAGCACCAUUGGGCUGGCUGGGCUCCCCGUGAAAUGCAAGUGCAGGGCUAGGAGUCAGAGUUGGCUGAGGUGAGACAGGAGCUGCAGAGAGUUGUGUUAUUGCAGACAGGAGAUGGGCUCUGGCACCAAACCCUCCGGUGUGAUGAGGUCUCUGUGGUCUGGCACAAGGAGGUGCUGGAGGCCUGGGCAGCUUCCACUGUAAGGGACAUAAUUCCAGUAGUUUGGCUCUUAUUUAUGAGAAAAGACCCUCGUUGCAGGAGCAGGGAAGGGAUCAUCCCCUGCGCUUGGCACUGGUGAAGCCACAUCUCGACUCCUGGGUUCAGCUCUGGGCCCCUCACUCCAAGAAGGUCAUUGAGGGGCUGGAGCGCAUCUGGGGAAGGGAACUGAGCUGUGGAAGGGUCUGGAGCCCAGGGGUUGGAGCAGCAGAAGGGUCUGGGGCUGUUUAGCCUGGAGAAGAGGCUGAGGGGAGACCUCAUCGCUCUCUGCAGCUCCUGGAAAGGAGGUUGGAGCAAGGUGGGUGAUGGGCUCUGCUCCCAGGGAACAAGGGAUGGGACGAGAGGAAACAGCCUCAAGUUGUGCCAGGGGAGGGUGGGAUUGGAUAAUGGGGAACGUUCCUUCCCUGGCAGAGGCUGCCCAGGGUGGGGAGAGUCCCUAUCCCUGGGAGGGGUUAAAAAAGCGUGUGGCCGUGGCACCUGGGGACAGGGUUCAGAGACCAGGGUGGGUUGGGCUGGUGGUUGGAGCCUCUAUGAUUCUGUGACUCCCUGAUUUCUCGCAGGUU